AUGAGAGGUUUUUGCAUUGAUUUUGUUGUGGUUGCGUUUGUUCUAUGUAAUGUACUACUUGUUGGUGGUUUGUUUGAACUGGCGGAUGGUAGACAGGUUGAGGAUGAUAAGCAUUUGAUUCGUCCGCCACAUUUGUUAGGUCCAAGAUUUAAACAUGGUAAGUUUGGUGGUGGUGGUAUUGGUGCUGGUGGAGGUGGAGGUUUAGGACUAGGUGGUGGCAUUGGUGGAGGUGCAGGAGGUGGUGUAGGACUUGGUGCUGGUGGUGGCAUUGGUGGAGGCGCAGGAGGUGGUGGUGGUUUAGGAGGUGGAGGUGGUCUUGGUGGUGGGAGUGGUUUAGGAGGUGGAGGUGGUCUAGGAGGUGGAGGUGGACUUGGUGGUGGUGCAGGUGGCGGUCUAGGAGGUGGAGGUGGACUUGGUGGUGGUGCAGGUGGCGGUCUAGGAGGUGGAGGUGGAGCGGGACUUGGUGGUGGUGGUGGACUCGGGCACGGUCUUGGUGGUGGCAUUGGCGGAGGAGCAGGUGGGGGUGGGGGACUAGGAGGUGGAGGUGGAGGGGGACUUGGUGGAGGUGCCGGUGGUGGACUUGGUCAUGGUGUUGGUGGCGGUAUUGGUGGAGGUUCAGGUGGUGGGCUCGGAGGAGGAGGUGGACUUGGCAGUGGCGGUGGGCUUGGUCAUGGUGUUGGAGGUGGCAUUGGUGGUGGGGCAGGAGGCGGGAUUGGUGGUGGAGCAGGAGGUGGCGGUGGCAUUGGCAGCGGAGGUGGAUUAGGCCAUGGCAUUGGUGGAGGAGCAGGUGGUGGAGGUGGUAUAGGUGGUGGGGGUGGAGCUGGUGUAGGCGGAGGAGGAGGUUUUGGGGGCGGAGGUGGUGCAGGCGGAGGUCUUGGAGGAGGAAUUGGCGGUGGCGGUGGCGGAGGCGGUGGUUUUGGGGGAGGAGGCGGCAUUGGGGUUGGUGCAGGUAUUGGAGCGGGUGGCGGUGGUGGAUUUGGUGGUGGCAACAAGUAG